GGAAUCUUGUAAGUUUUCUUGGCUAAAAGGCGGUUAAAGUUACCCGAUGAGGAAAAUUAACAUAUUUGGCUACCAGGAAGGUGAUUUACCAGGAUACAAUUGAAUUCAACUUGAAUGUCACGAUUAGAAAAAGCUAUGUCAAUAUUUACACAAAUUAUCCAACCAAGUUCAACAGACUAAUCAAUCCACAGGUUUAAAUGACUAACUCUGAAGCUAAACAAACCAAAGGUAAUUUGGUAAAGAUAGUUGAAUACCUCAAUGUGCACAAUCCUGUAUUUGGACGUUUACCUGUGCCAAUCUGAAUAAUACCAAAACUAUCCAGCAAAGCUGUAAAAAUGAUGUCAGCUAUUCACCAAAUGUUUUCGUGAAACAAUUCAUGAUUCAAGAGGCAAAAAGUAAUAUCGACCAUAAGUGAUGAUGAAUAGUAAAAGUGAAAGAUGAGCUUUGAUGAAAGCCAAAUUAUCAAUACUGAUGGUCGGUUGUAAACUAACCUUAAAGAUGGACAUGGAUUGGCCAUCAAGAUGGGUACAAAAUCAAUUAGCAAUUUGAUAAUAGGAACAUGUUUCUCAUCAAAUGUCCCAUAAUCAAUCAGUUGACACUUAGAGACUGUGUGAAGUUGACAUUUUUGUUGACCCGCAAAACCAAAGGCAAGGCCUUUCUCCACUGACCCCAAAAACUUGCAUUUUAUAAGGUCAACUGUAAAGUUCCUAUGGAAGGAAAAGGAAAAGGAAAAGCAUUAACUGAAAAAUAUUAUGAUGAUGAUGAAUAAAGACAGAGAGAGAGAGAGAGGGAGAGUAAGGUGAGCAAGGGAAGACGGGAAUAACAAACAAAAACAGAACGACAUAAAAGGAGAUGAAGAUGAAGAAGAGGAAGGGGAGAGGAAAGAUGUUCACACGGGAGUAAAACAAGAAAACGGGAUAACAAGUUGAGGCGGAGUAAAAGUGACUUUAGCUUUUGUAGAGCGCGUUUCACUGCUUAUUGGGCUACCUCUUUUUUUUCAUCAUCAUCAUCAUUUUAUCUGUAUUAGUUACCAACAUUUACCUUAAUAAGCAACAACACUAAACAACAGCCGACUCAGCAUUGCAACUUUACCAUUAUUGUUGGUUAACUUGAUCACUUUCACCGAGUCAUCUUCAUCAUUGUUGCCAUCAAAAAUAAAAUCGUGUGUUAUGUGAUUCUCAUUGCCUCAAACGGAUUACAAGUGACCGUUGAAUCGUUGAUUUACCUUCAACCUCAACUUAACCAACCAAGUAAACUUUAUCGUUUCGAGAUUAUUAUCAAAGGAAAAUUGGUUAAUAAUGAACAUUAUGGAAACCAAUGGAACUCAUGGCAACACCCGAAAACUGGAAACUGAUCAAAAACACUAAUCAUUGCAAUAUAUAAAUCUGUUAAGUCUAGUCAACAUCAACAGUCAAGUUGAACAUUAUUCAGUGACAAAUAUUGUGAUUCAAUCAAAGCAUCUGUUGUAACAACAUCAUCACCAGCAUCACCAUUACCAGUGACAAUAACCUUUCAGCUGCGAAAACCUUUUACCUUAAAAGUCGAAACAUAUCGAGAGCAAGAAAAGAGAAUUAAAAAAAGGAGAAGAGAAGAGAGAGUCAACUGAUCAACCAGGAGAGCAACCAGGAAAGUUACCAGGAAAAGGAGAGGGAGAAGCAGAUGGAAGAUGUAGCUUAACCCAAAGUCUGUUCAUUUAUUAAACAUUACCUUGUGGCUAUUGUAACGCGUGCCACGCGUUUUCGCGUGUCCAGUCCAAUCUUCCAUCAACAUAAUUAUUAUCAUCACUUUUGGUUGACUCUUGUUUCGCCAGAGAAUCCAGUUUUACUGUUGCUAGACCUUUGCAUCUUUAGGAUGACCUUAACGGUUAAACCUUUUGCCGUUGCUAUUUGCCCGCCAUUAUUUUAAUACUUUCAUCUUUCAUCUUUUAAUGACAACUUUUCUCGUCUUCACAUUUAACAUUUACAUUUGUUGAUUAUAAUUUAAUGAUUUAUCUUACCUGUUGACUCUACAAGGUUUACUCCCAAAAAGUGUUCGCCUUUCUCAUCAUCAUCAUCAUCAUCAGCUUCAACCUUUUUCUUUCAAAAACUUGGCAAUGCCAGUUUCAACAAAUCCUUCACAUUAUCAAAGUUAUGAUAACGCCAUCAAUGGUUUGUCACCGUUAAACGGUAUAACAUCUAAUGGCGUUGUUAUCGUUUCACCACCAAAUACUCAGCAACAGUCAUCAGGAGUUUCUAGUAACAACAAUUCAAAUGGUAAUUAUACCAACAACAACAACAACCUAAAAGAUAGACAUCAUCAUCAACAGCAACAAUCAACACUUUCCGUUCGACCAACCUCACCCUUGCCAAGUGACUAUUCAACUCUGAAUGGUGGUCUAACCCAGUUAACCUCACCAUUAACACCGCGAACACCAAUUAUGAAUGGUAACCUAAUCAAUACUGGAACGCUCAAUCGAAAUGCGAGUAAAAAUCGUCUAACAGUUAACCAUGUCAACAGCUCAUCUUCAGGUCUACUGUCAACCACAUUAACCUCACCAACCGCCAAUGGGCCAAGUUUCAAUUCGACCAAGCAAACAGUUUUAGACAUUACCAGGAGUGGAUCAGGUUUGACUCCUCCAGGCCUGGUAACAUCAUCUUCAUCAACCACAGCAACUGGCCAAGCAGCUCGUCCUUUAAGAAAUGGUGGCCUUAACAUAUCUAGAAUAUCGGGGCCAGGGUUAAGCCAACAAAUGCCGGGAUCACCUCAUGGUCCAGGUUGUCCAGGUGAUCCUGGUAGUCCAAUAGGUUUGUUGAGUCCAACUGGAUAUACUCGUGUCAACCAACAAUCAGCAAGUGACAUUGUUUUCAAUUCCAAUGGAAUCUCAGAGAUGCUCUCUUCUCUGGCUCUCAUGUGUUUAUUAUCACUGUUAAUGGCCUUUUUGGCCCUCUUCUUUCUCCAACGAACCGGACCCAUUAUAACCAUACCUGAAGACCUUAAACCCAACGAACUGCCACUCUCACCUGGCACCAAUUCCCCUCUAACCAAGGAUAAAAGUACUGUUAAUGUAUUCAGUCAAUCACGAAUCGUUGUAAAUACUCGUGAAUAUGUUCGUGUCUUCCAAAUAUCAGUCUCUUUAAGUACUCUUACCAUUUCACUAAACUUGUGUUGCCUUUUUGUCUGUUGCAUUCAAUUCUUGUCUGCCGUUAAACUGCUUAAAACACCUCAAGGGACCAAAAGGACCCAACAAUUUUUGAAAAAAACUUCCCAUGUUCGUAUAACUGCCAUUGGUGCUUUCCUCUUGUCAAUUCCUAUCUUUUUUACCGGAGUCAUACUAUUUACAUUCAUCAAUUUUGACGAGACUCCAGCUUUAAUUACUAGCAUCAUCAUUGGCAUUGGAAUUGUUUUCUGUGGCCUUGCAUCCGUUCAAAACGUCUAUUUAUGGCAAGCCGAGAAGACUAAAGCAAGCAAGGAAAUGACAGAGAGUCGGUUGACUCAACUCCAGGGAUCCGCUUUACUUCAACCAAUUGAACUGUCAACUUUGGUUUAAAAUAAACAAUAAUAAUUAUUUAUCUGGUUAAUUCAGUCUAGUUUAAAUGAAGUCACACAUGUAUUUAAUAAAGAAAAUUGUAAAUGCCAUGAUCAAUCGUAA